CCUCACUUUGUUUGUUUUGUUUUCGUCCCGCCAUUAUUUUCGCGAUUUUAGUAACUGUGUAUUUUGCAAAAUUUCUGUUCCUUGUUAUCGAUUAGUGUAAUUUUAGCUGUUUGGCACUUGCCCCUCACCCUCUCAAGUUCUCUUUUCCAUAUUAUUUGUCUAAUGAAGUUCUAGAACAGCAGCCCUUUUACGAUGGAGGAAGCCCGAGUUGCUGCUAUCAUGGAGCAGUACAGCAAAGAUCCUAGAACCCCUUGCCAGUAUGGUUUCAAAUGCUACCAGAAGAAUCCUGUGCACCAUGAAACUUACAAACACCCACCCAAGGUUUUCGGCGAGUUUACGACAUCCCAGGCUGCGAAGAAGAAGAUCGUCUCCUCCAACACAAUGCUCAACUACUUCAUCAAAGCGACCUCGGGAAUGAUGAAGACUCCUCCACAACCGAAAAUUAAGCCUCAACCGGUGCCUGAAAUCCCAGCCCAACCAGAGAACCUCGGCAUUCAUUUCCUUGCAGAGCACGAUGUAAUAGAUGUUCCAACAGAGCCAUUGAUUCCAGUGGCCCCAGUUAUCACAACAGCCUCUGUCGUCCCAGAAACUCCAUUCAUCCCAACGGCUCCGAUUGUCUCAGCAGUUCCGUACAUCCCUGCUGUCCCUCACCAAUAUUAUAUACCAGAUGAAGCAGCGGCUGCAAAACUCCUGGCGGAUGCAGCAGCUAUCGCUGCGCGACUUGCACCAAAUCUAUCAAGCGAGGAGGAUAAAGUAGAAAAUCCUGCCAAGAAACCAAGAUUAUCAGAUGAUGCCCGUCAAGAAUCCCCGUCCAAAGGAACCAAUGGCAGGAGACCCUCGGAUAGUCCUACGAAGUCACCUAACAAAGAUCCGCCUGGGAAGCCUAGUGGGUCAACCAGUAAGUCACAAUUUGACUCUAGCACAGAUGAAGAAUCAGAAGAAGAAACGGUGGAUGAAACUACAUUAUCUAACAAAGAAUUCAUCAAAAAGAAAUUCCUUGUGGAGAUGCCUGAGGAUUUCUAUAGUUUUUGGUCAUUUUGUGAAUCUCUCAACAAGAAGGAACCUCAAAAUGCCCUCAAAGCGUUUGAUUUAACGUUAGUAGGACCAUUUGAUGUUCUCUCCGGUGCUAUGCGUAAGUGUAAAAAUAUGAAACCAGAAGAUUACCUUGUGCACUGGAGGUUUUACUACGAUCCACCAGAAUUCCAAACUAUUAUCAAAGGUGAUGACAAGAAGCAGUUCCAUCUAGGUUACUUGCGAGACGAUCCUAAACAACCUCCGGCUUUUGUUGCCAGCAACGAAGCAGCUGAAAACUUCAUUAUCAAAGCUGUAGCUGAAAAUAUCUUUGGUGCAGUCCACUCUUAUCUAGAGAAAAUUAAGGUAAAUCCUUUCAACAAAAUGAAAGUUCCUGCUGCACAAAAAGCGCUAGUUGAAUGGGCAAAGAAACAUGGCUUCACCCUGGAGACAAAUACCCCGAAAAUGAUUGAGCGUAACAAGAAUGUUGUUACCCAAACCUUCCACAGAGCCGGCAUCGUCGUUCCUUACAACAAAAAGACAGAACUAGGUUACCGUAAUCUGCAGCUGACUGAUGCUGAGUUGAAGAACACAUUGAAGGCGAUUGUAAACGCAACCAGUGACAUUGAGCGGACUGCCCGUUUCGAAAAGCUGCAAACAGUGAUCACCUGGGCAUCUAUAGCCCUCGACGAGUGCGAUUUUGGGACAGGACUGGAAUUAGCGAUCGAUUUGUUUUGUUAUGGUUCCCAAUUGCUUCACAAGCAGGCUUUGCAAAUGUUCACUUCGUCCUACACUCUCCUCGGCAGACAGGAGUACAUAAAAAUCAUCCAGGCUCAUCUGAAAGACAGGAGACGUGGUGCCGAUAUGAGUGCGAUGAAACCCUAAUUCUGUUAACCUGUUCAUUCGGACCGUACCUGAUAUGUCAAUGACAUCUCCUAAUUUUAUUGUUAUUCUAUCAAGCUGAACAGAAAAGUUCCAAAUGAAACGGACCCGUACUUUGUGAUGCUUAUUAAAGCCUCAGCCUUGAACCCCUGUUACUAUUCCUUGUGCAUGUUUCUUCGUUGAAAUCACUUACUUGUAAACUACCACUAAAUGUAAGUCUCCAUUAAGCAUGUAAAUUUUUUCUUACCUCAAACCAAAUGAAGGAAUGAACUUAGCUUAAGUUUUAAAUUUAGUUUAAGCUGCAUUUAAAACACGGAACUUUACCGGAACUGAUACCCGUGCUGGCACCAUGAAGUAUUGUGUUCUGACCAAUCAAAGUCUUAGAUGUUAAUGGGUUAAGUUUUAGUACUAUUUCUUCUUCUUCUUCUCCUACAAGGCUUUUUUACACAGAUUGAUCUUAUGAUAUAUGUCUGUAUUGUUGACAGUAAAUGGAUAAAUUGUGUGCAUAAUUGGAAGUAGGGUAAAUGGAUCACCAGACAAGAAUUGUGAUCAAGCGCUCUAAAAUAUGUUUUCUCGUCUAAUUUUCACGCAGAAAACAGUAGGCCUGGAAAGAUAUCUCUUAAGAGACUAUCGAAAUUUUUGCAACGCUGACAUUACCUGGUGCCCUCCUCCCUUUUAAUUCCUUUUUCUAUGGAUGAAAUAAACACAACAUUGCCUAAUUAUAGCUAAUUGUUAGAAAUGUGUAUCCCAGAUUGUGACGUUGAAUUCUCUGUUCAUGUCUUAUUUUUAUAAAGGAAACUAAAUAGUUCUCAUUGAAAUUUUUCGUGAAUUUUCUUCAUUCAUUUUCAAAAAAUCACUCAAAAUUGUAAGGGACAUUUUGAUAAGUUUUCCUUUAGAUACAUAUAAAACUUGACGGGAGAUUUUUAAACAUUUCAAUUGAAGUACGCAUUUUUCGCAUUCAGCCAUUGACAUUCAUAGUCCAUUGAUGCAUAAUUAUCUUUUUUUAGUUUUAAUCAAAACUGCUGAUCAUUAAUGACAGUAUCUUACCACCUAAUUUCUCAAUUGUAACAAAUGGAAUGCAUAAUCUCUUGCUGCAAACUGAUCGACGAAAUGAAGUCUCGUAGGCCGUCUGAUUUCAAUUUUAACUGUAACAUUUUAAAUUUAGAGAGAUCUUCAGUAUCCCUCUCAGCUUUAAUAGCUAAAAAUGUGGUUGUUGUUUUUUAUAGCAACUAAUCCAUUCUUUGGGAACGAAAUUCAAUGUCGGAGUUCCUCUCAGUAGAAAGCAUUUCAAUUCAACCUUUCUCUUAUUUUGUUUAACGAUAAAAUGUCCAGUUAUUUUAAUCAGUAAGUUACCAAUCUGAAAAUCAAGGUUGUUUAUUGGAGUAGUAGCCAUGAAUAUCUUCCUUUAACUUCACUUUUGAACUUGUUGCGGCAUGUCAAGUGGCGAAAUUUAAUUUUAAAAUCAGGAGAUUUCAAGUGGAAUAUUUUUGAAAAUACUGAUAUGUCGAAAAUUCAAUGAAAAAUAUGUUUUGAGGCACUGAUUAUAAGCCAAACACCUAGUAAUGGUUGGAAGUUUGCCCAUAAUAUUUGGAGAAAUUAAUUUAUUCACGCUUAUUCUCUUUUUUUUUUCAAAGUAACGUUUAAUAUUUUUCAUCGACUUCAGCGCCUUGUAAAAUUCCAUGAUAUGUUCCACAAAAUUUCCAUUGUUACACAUGUGAUUCAUCUGUUUCUUAUGACCCUGACUUUACAUUGCUUCCAGUGAGAUAUGCUAUGGAGGUUACUAAAAAAGCAGAAAUCUAAUUUGUGCUUCGUCAACUGGCGCUUUCCUCUAGGUUUAUUGUGAAAUCAGGAAAACGAAGUGUGAUUAAAUGGGUUGAAGAGUACCCAAUAUAGUUGUAUAAUAUUACCGGAUCGGUUCAUCUUAUUGUAUUCUUAAUGUGAGCAAAUCCUAUCCACCUUUUAAAGUAUUUCAAUUGUGUAGAUGCAAUGUUAUUUACAUGAAUAGUUGUUUUCUAGGUUAAGUGCACUACUUUUUCGUCGCUAGACUUCAAACUGUUGACUUUUUUCCUGUUUGUUUUCCUUGUCGUGCUUCACUCAACUUUGCGUUUGGUUUGUAAAUUCCACUCAACAUAAUUAGAACUUUUAAAGUCAUUUUACUGUGAAUUUCCGUGUUCUGUUUUUAAAAUAAUUUAAACGAUUAGAAUAAAAGUAUUUUUCUAAAUA